AUGUGCGAGUCUAGCGAUGAGGAUAUGUCACACGACGCCGACCCUUUCGGCACCGUACCUCCCCCCUCUGGAUCUUCAGGAUCUCCAGAACCCCAAGACUCCAUCACCGCCAACCCUCUCCCACAGCCAUUUUGGGAGGCUGGUCCUAGACCAGAACUUGGCAAUCCUCAGAAACGCAAGGGUGCCACUGUGACAGGAGAACUUGAGAAUAGUCCAUCGACCAAACGUCUUCAGCCUGAGCAACAGUCUAUUCCGACUCCUGUCAAGACACCCACAGGUACGGCUGCGCACCAACUCAGCAGUUCACCUCUUCAACGCCUAUCAUGGGACGGGUCAGAGCCUUCGGCCCCCGCAGAACGUCAUGAUUCAACUCCACCACAAGAGCAGGAUCUGCCGCAGGAACUCGACCUCGAGGACAGCCAAGACGAGCAAGGAAUUCCUGGUCCUUCACGUGAGACAGAAAACGUCUGGUUCCCUCAGGACCCCCACGAAAAACGUGGGAGAGACCUCCUCCUCCUUAUGGAAAAGGUUCCCGAAAAGGAUCGUGACCAGCUGAUUCAGCUAAUGCCAAUCAAGCUCGAAAGACUAGAAAGGUGCUGGGCCAAGAAUUUGUGCUUCUCCGACAGCAUAAAAGUCAAUGUGCUCGAAAGGGACCAUAAGCGAUUCUUGAUAAAGAUCAACUGGCCACAGGAUUCAAUGAUGACGAUGGAUAUAACAGCACUCUUGUCAAAGAAGCUAUUCCCAAAGAUGGUUGGAGACUUCAACAAGGUUGGGCUCAUGACGAGAGAGUGGCUCAAACACUCGGGCAAUGUCAAUCCGGACAAAAUGUUCCAGAUCCUGGAGGAAGAAAUCAAGCCUACUAAGAAGACGGGAGAUGAUCUCGCUAAACUUUGGCGACUCACAUGUGACCGAGAACCGCGGCAUUUAACGACCAGUCCCUGUGCUCUUUCGCUGAUUCUCGACAUGGGAGACACUUAUUUGUGA